AUGCAACGGAAUCAAUCACUGGAACCAUCGACGAUUCUAACGAAACCACAACUACAUCGACGACCACAACAACUGCUACUACAACAUCAACAAGUGCAACUAGCAGCACAACAACGGCCGCGACCACUUCAACAACAGGAACCACCAUCAUCACGUCCAUUACUAGUACUUCGAUCACCGACACUACUAGCACCUCAUCGACUACUAGCACAACAACGUCCGACACGAGUACCACUACCACAACUACGUCGACAACCACAACUACAAGCACCGCAACCACAGAAACUACUAGCACAACAUCCAGUACCAGUAC